CGGAAACGUGUUGGCAAUUGUCAUCUGUCAAAUAGUUGAUAGGGUACAAUUACUUUUCUUUUUGAUUCGGAAGUGAGCACGUUGUGGAAGAAAAUCUGCCACAAUGCAAAUUUUCGUGAAAACUCUCACAGGAAAAACAAUCACCCUCGAGGUGGAACCGUCAGAUACAAUAGAAAAUGUGAAAGCAAAAAUCCAGGAUAAAGAAGGCAUUCCUCCUGAUCAACAACGUUUGAUUUUCGCAGGAAAACAACUCGAAGAUGGACGUACCCUAUCAGACUACAACAUCCAAAAGGAAUCCACUCUUCACUUGGUGCUUCGUUUGAGGGGAGGUAUCAUCGAACCGUCUCUACGUAUAUUGGCUAUGAAGUACAACUGUGACAAGAUGAUAUGUCGUAAAUGCUACGCUAGAUUACAUCCCAGAGCCACAAACUGCAGAAAGACCAAAUGUGGACACACGAACAACUUGCGCCCCAAGAAGAAGAUCAAGUAGACAAUUAACCCGAGUUUUAUUUUCUAUUUGAAUGUUAAUAUAUUAAUAUUACAAAUGUUACUUGAAGAUUGAUUCAUUAUAGGAAACAAGAUCAUCCUAAAA